GUCACCGACUUGAAAUCCGCCAGGGUAUUCCCACUGAGACUGUACCCAUUCCUGCUCCACGUUCAGCACUUCCGACGAACUUGCUCGUCCCCUCUCUCCAGCGCCCUAGACUCUCAACACGCCUUUCAGUCAACAGCCACCUGAGCAGCGCCAUGGACUGGCUCGGGCGCGCCAGAAUCUCCUUCACCAGCUCCCCUUCCCCGCUGGUCCUGCAAAAGAAGGAUGGCACGACGACGGACUUGCUGAAGGUCUGCGAGGCGAGCACUCCUCCGUGCCAGCUCAACCCCCUGCUCUUCAAUGGCCAUGUCCAGACUAUGUGGACCGCCGUCAAAGCACACGGCCCGCCGAUUUACUACCGCAGGAGGAUAUUCGAGGCCGACCACAAGACGUACUCGGGCACCUUCGCCGUCGAUUUUGCCGUGGACCCGCACCAGGACGUGGACGAGUCGCUUCCGCCGAGGACUGCCUACUUCUCCGAGGCCGAUUUUGCCAAGCUGGCUUCCGACGACAGCAGGCCCAUGCUCAUCGUGCUCCACGGUCUGUCCGGUGGCUCUCACGAAAUCUAUCUCCGGCAUGCCAUUGCGCCGCUGGCGCUGAAUGGCGGAAAUUGGGAGGUGUGCGUGGUGAACGCCCGUGGGUGCGCGAACAGCAAGGUGACGAGCGGCGUACUGUUCAACGCGAGGGCUACCUGGGAUGUCCGACAGGUCGUGAACUGGGCGAGGAAGACGUUCCCCAACAGGCCGCUUUUUGCAGUCGGGUUCUCGCUGGGCGCAAAUAUCUUGACCAACUAUGUGGGGGAGGAAGGGCCGAACUGCCAGUUGAAGGCCGCCAUCGCCGUGGCUAACCCCUUCGACCUGGAGGUGUCCAACAAGGCACUCCAGCGGACACUGCUGGGGAAGCAGGUGUACUCGCGAGUCAUGGCAACGAACAUGAAGAAGCUCAUCAACAUGCACAAGGACACAGUGCUAAAGCAUACAAACCUGAACUUUGACCGAAUCCAGAAUGUGACCUAUCUUCACGAGUUUGAUCGCGAAGUUCAGACCGUGACCUGGGGUUACCCUACCGAAAAUGCGUACUACCGCGAUGCUUCGUCCUCAGAUGCGGUCCUGGCCAUCAGGAUCCCUUUCCUUGCCAUCUCGGCUCUCGAUGAUCCGAUCGCAGUAUAUGAGGCAAUCCCCUUCCAAGAAUUCACGCAAAAUCCAUGCACGGUACUGUGCACAACGUCGCUCGGCGGGCAUCUCUCGUGGUUCGAGAUGGGCGGUGGAAGGUGGCAUGCUCGACCGAUUUGUAACUUCCUCAACCACAUGGCUACGGAGAUAAACCUCGACGCCCUUUCGCCCACACCCAACGGGAAGGCUCCUGAAUCUCAGUUUGCAACAGACUUCGAUCCUAUGAGGCGAAAGCUGCGGAUUCUCAGCGGUUAGACAACACAGGCUGAUGGACUCGACUUGCAUCUUGCAUUAUGGCGUUGGGUUUACGGUAGACGACCGGAAGAGCAUUUAGACUGGCGUUUGUGGAAUUUCCGGCAACGUACCGAUAUAUGUAGAAAAGGGGAAAGAGAACAUGGGAACAUUGCACUGGCACCGGA